AUGCACUUUAGGAGCACUGCUCCAUGUUUGGUGCUACUGCUGCAUCUUUUUGUGUUGGAGCGAGUGCUAGAAAGCAACGCGCAGGACCAAGACUACCUCCAGGAAGCUCUCAGGACUUUGAAUCUAACUCUGGGGAGUGAUGACAAGUUUCGGCUCCAGAAGAACAGAACCAGCGACCUGAUUACCAAACUGCUCCGAGAUGUACAUUGUGCAGAGAGGACUGGCAUGACCCAGAAAAUGUGUGAGAAAUGCCUGACACCAAGCAUCGUCCUCUCUGUGCUUGAGGAUGGUGAUAGCAUUUAUCUCAACGAGGCAGAUUAUCAGCGAAUCUCAACUGUUCUGUUGUAUUACAUAAUUAACUUGGAACAUCAGUGUGUUUCAAACGACACCUCCCUUUCCUUAUCAUAUGGGAGUUUAGAGUUCUACCUUCUGGCUCUAACCAAUCUGGAACCAGCUGAGGACAAUCACUUCCUAUCACACAGCGAGAUACAAAGUAUUUUACAGCUCAUUAACCAACACUACCACCCUUCCAAACAGGACGUAUUGGAUUUGCCAUGUAUUGACUCGGCUCGCCUUUUAGAAGAUGUUGACGCAGAGGGAAAUCCAGGUGUUAGAGUAACUCUGGUACCCAAAGUAGCAGCAAUCAUAAUCAGCUACAUCCUGCGUGGAUACUGUUUCACACAGAGGAACCUCCCAUCUCCCACCUUCUUUACAGAUUACAUUUUUCAAUCUCUAAAUUCUACAAACAACCUUCAGAUAAUUGACCUGGAGAAGCUACUUCGUCAGUUAGGCGUAGGAGCAAAGCACCACAGGAAGAGGCGGAGCAAUAAAGGAAGCACACAAGACCUGUCUAUGAAGUCACUGGAAAACAGCGGCCAUAAAACUGAGAAAGGAUGGGAACAGGUGUGUUUUUCAGCAAAACAGUUGGUGGAUAUUUUUGAUCUGGACCCUCAUUUGCCCAUUUCCAAGAUGCACUUCAGACAAAUCUGCCCUGCCAUUAUUCAGCAGUUGCUAUGCAAUGCCUGUGGAUCAGUAGAACAAAAAACAGGAGGGUCUCCACCAACUGCUAUAGAGAAGUACGGCUACAGCACGACUGCUGUCCUGGUCAUCACAGUGAGUUCCAUGUUGGGUAUCUGUCUGGUGUUUUUUAACUCCUGUCAGGAGACCUACACACUCAUCCUGCAGCUGUUUGUGGGUCUGGCAGUGGGAACACUCUCAGGAGAUGCUCUCCUGCACCUCAUACCACAGAUCCUUGGUCUUCAUGAUGGAACUCACAGUCAUGAUGAAGAACUCUAUAAUGAAGACAAGGCAUAUUUGUGGAAGAUUCUGUGCUUGAUUGCUGGGAUUUAUGGAUUUUUUCUUAUUGAAAAAGUAUUUUCUUAUUUAGUCCCUUCUCAUGCCCAUGGUCACUCCAAUGACCUUCCCUUAGAACUGACCUGCAAUGGCCAGUCACAGAGGGGCAAGUCCAUUUCCACCAUCCAGUUGGUGAGUCUCAUCUAA